CCCCAGGGAGCCCCGAUGGAGCCCCCGGAGCUCCCGGAGCUGUUCCCGGACCUCCCCUCGCUGCCGGUACCGGGAUUCCAGACCGUGAUACUCCUCGGGGAGGACGGAAGCGGAGCCGAGGAGCUGCUGGGGCUGACGGUGAACCCCGACCUCGCCUGCGGCACCGCCCCGGAGCCCCCCCGGCCCGCGGACCCCCCCCCGGUGCUGCUGGAGGUGGUCUGUGACCUCAACUCCCCCCCGUGCCCCCCGCACCCCGCGCUGCCCCCCCUGCCCGCACCUGUCCACGUCCCCCUGCCCGUGCUCCGGCUCACGGAGGAGGAGAAGCGGCUGCUGCAGCAGGAGGGGGUGACCCUGCCCGGGGACCUGCCCCUCACCCAGGCCGAGGAGCGGCUCCUGAAGAAGGUGCGGAGGAAGAUCAGGAACAAACAGUCGGCGCAGGACAGCAGGAGGAGGAGGAAGGAAUACCUGGAUGGGCUGGAGAGCAGAGCAGCCGCGUGCUCGGCCCUCAACCGGGAGCUGCGGGAGAAGGUCCGGGAGCUGGAGAAGAGCAACGGAUCCCUCCUGCAGCAGCUCCAGGCGCUGAUCAAGGAAACAUCCACCAAGGCCGCCCAGACCGGCCCCUGUGUCCUGAUCCUGUUCCUGUCCCUGGGCCUGAUCCUGCUCCCGAGCUCCAGCCCCUUCCAGAAGGAACAUCAGGAUGGCCUCAGACCCACCGGAGGUACCGGAGCUCCGGGAUGA